GCCCUCCUCCUCCUCCUCCUUUCCCUUCUCUCCUCGCCUUCGCCUUCGCCUUCGCCUCCUCUCCUCCCGACCUCCCCCAUCGCGUCGCCGCGACGCCACCAUGCUCGCUCCUCGCGCGUCCUAGUAGCGGCCGACGCACCUCCCUCCCUCCCCCUUCCGCGCGCCAUGGCUCGGGUCUCCGCCGCCGCAGCCGCCGCGGAACGCCAGCUCGCCGUGGCCUGAUUGAUUGUUUGAUUGAUUUGGCUACGUCGACCGUCUCCCUCGCUCUCUCUCUGCACGUGCUUUUACGGUAGUCCCCCCCCUUGACCCCUUUCGGUGCGCUGUUGCGAUUCUGUGGUGAAUUCGAUUUAAGGGUGGAUUUCUCUGGGUACGAAUGGAUAUGGUGGUGCCGGGUAAUGAUUGUUUUGUGGGCGUGACGGGUGAUUGGAUACGGUGGUUUUUCAGUAGUGGUAGUCUUGUGUUAGGGUUGUUGAUUGCGCACGGAUUUCCUCUGUUGUCUUGAGCUAAAUUGCCAGAAUUGGUGGUUCGGAUGUUGAUAAACGCCUAGGUAGUACCUGUUAGGUUCGUUCAAUUUGUCACCAGAAUAAUUUCUGAACGAAUUUUUGCCAGUCUGGGUGUUGGUCUGCUUCUUGUUCUGGUGCCGUUGGAGGGCUAUUUCUGCAAGAACUACAGUUAUCUGUUCGUUUUGGAUGGUUAUCUGGUGAGCUGAACGGCUGCAUGGUGCCAAUUUGCUCCGAGGUGAAAACCUUGCUUGGGAAUUAGAGUUGACUGCUAGUGCUGAUGUAUCUUUGGAGCUUUGGUGAUCAAAGCCUCAAAGGACAUGACCUGUGCAAUAAACAAUUACACCUUCUUGCAACUUGGCUGCAUUACUUUGACAAAGUUUUCUAGUAGACUCUGCAGCCAAUUGCAUGGGAAACAAAAAUCACCACUUCAAUUGUUCUGCGGAAUUAUCCCAAGUCCCGAGUUUUCUGUUGUGUGCAGAAAAGAAUACGUGGUGCUUAAUUUGCAUCAAUAUUCUAUGCUUCCUCGAGCAUCAGCACGUAUGCCAGAAUUAGUAUAUUUUAGUUGCUUGUGGUUUUGUUAGACUUGGGUCUGUUGUUAGUACAGUGGUCCUGAUUAUACUAUGGAAUAUAUUCCAUUAUUAACAAUCUGUGCUUAAAUUUUAAUGUAGGUACUAGGCCUUUGAGUUGUUAUACAACAACUUUUUUUUUCUGGAGAAAGAUGUCUCCAAGUUUGUAGUAUUCACUCUGUUUUUCUCAAUCAACAGUAAAAUCUGACCCCCUUUUUUAUCUUUUUUCAGAAUCUCGUAGGCAUUUACCUAUUAUCAAAAACCAGCACUUCUGAUCCAAAAAGGAUACAAAAUUGAGAGUUAGAGAUAUCCAUGAUGCCUGGUUUUGGUACAAGUUCUUCCAUGGGUUCUGCAUCUCACCCUGCUAGAAUCGAGUAUAACACAAGUAGCAAUGUGUCAUCUCAAUACAUAUAUGAGCAGGGUCUUUAUUAUCCAGCAACAAACGGCUAUGCUUACUAUGCAGGCUUUGAGCCACCAGUUGAAUGGAGUGAUCACACUAAUUUUGUGGGGGUAGAUGGUCAAAACCUACAACUUUCAAAUGAAAACCUUCCAUAUGUAUAUUGCACACCUGGCUAUGGUUUUUCUUAUUACUCCCCAGAUCAGUACACCUAUAUGCCUGGCAUGGUAAUGGGAGUUGAUGGCUCUUUUGUAGGAAGCCAACAGUAUUUUGCUAGUCCAUAUCAACUUCCUGGCUCGCCAUCUGGUUUCUUCCCGAUGUCUAUUCAGCCCACCACAGAUUUCAGCUCAACUGUUUCUGCAGAACCUCCUUUACUUAGUACUGGCACUGGUACAUCUGCUGUUGCUAGUAGGCUUGCUAACACCAGUAUGAAAAACAAAUAUCAGAUGUCUGGAAAUACAGCUCCAGCUUCUCAGACUGCCCCUUCUGGAAGUCCAGCUGUUGGACGUCCUCAGCAGGCCUACGAAAACGAAAGCACAAAUAAGCCAUCUAAUCCGCCUGAUGCUAACAUGAGUAGGCGUGACAAAUCCUCAACCUCCCUUGUCACAGUUCCAGUGGAUGCUUCAUCGACUGACAAGGAUGGAAAAUCUGAUGAAGGUAAUCAGUCAAAAGAACAUGUGCAAUCCAUUCAGGUUACUUCAGGUCCCAUGUCUGGCGAAAGUGGACAAGGCAAAGCAACAUCAAACAGUACAUUGGAAAAAAUUAUGAUACAUCCUGACCAAUACAAUAAGGUUCACUUUCCUGUUGAUCAUCCAGAUGCCAAGUUUUUUGUCAUCAAAUCUUACAGCGAGGAUGAUGUACAUAAGAGCAUUAAAUAUAAUGUAUGGUCAAGCACACCUAAUGGCAACAAGAGGUUGGAUGCAGCCUACUCAGAUGUACAAGGAAGAGCUCUGGGAAAGUGUCCAAUAUUUCUCUUUUUUUCUGUUAAUGCUAGCGGGCAGUUCUGUGGUGUUGCUGAAAUGGUUGGUCCUGUUGAUUUUCACAAAGACAUGGAUUUCUGGCAGCAGGAUAAGUGGUCUGGGAGCUUCCCGGUGAAGUGGCACCUAGUAAAGGAUGUGCCCAACUCCACCUUUCGGCACAUUAUAUUAGAGAAUAACGAGAACAAGCCUGUUACCAACAGCCGGGAUACACAAGAGAUUCCUUUUAAGUCUGGGACAAACAUGCUGAAGCUAUUUAAGGAUGGCCCAUUGACAACAUCUAUUCUUGAUGACUUCUCGUUUUAUGAAGGGAGACAGAAAGCAAUGCUAGAAGAGAAAUGCAGAUGUUCGGGUAGAAAUUUUGAUGUACGCAUGUAUGUUCCAGCAUUUAUCGCUAAAAGCAGUGUUGUUGCGGUAGGUGAACCUUCAGAAGUAGGUAAAGGCCAGUUUAGCAGCAAAGAUCUACAUUCAGGGGAUGUUGAACAGGAUAAUGGUGCAUGUGAGCAACCUGACAAGCUGAACCAAAUGAAAGACAUACUGGCCACUGAAGCACUCAAAACGGAUGGUGGAGCAUUUGUUGGGCAACUUGAGCAUGCAAAAACAAACCAAGGUAGUUUAGAUGCCAGAGUUGAUCAUCAGAGUGAACAUUGUUCCUGUUCUAACCCACCAGAAAACGGUGAAAGAAAACCUGAUAGCUUGAGCGAACUAGUAAAACUAAAUGGGAAGAGUCAGCGUGAUUCUGAAGCACAACCUGGAAUAAACUUAUCAGAACCCAAUUAUUCUUCUGUCAAGAAAGGUCUUCCUGAAGAGUUCUGUGGUCAGAACCCCUCAAAUUUUAUGAAAGAGGGAGGAGCUGGUACAGUCGAGGAUAGAAAGUCUACAAAAUUUGUUACCAAAUCACAGGGCUUUCCAUCUAGUCGAGUGAACAAGGAAGCGAAAGGCAAUGGUAAUGAGAUGGCAAGGAUCACUACAACUGGUGUUGUGAAGGUUGGCUCAGUGCACAUCAAGGUAAAUGUGGCAGGUGAGCCGUCAUCAGAGAUUAUAGGUGAUGAAAAUGGGCUUCCCUGAGAGUUUAAACGAAUGGUGCAGAAGGAACGGAUGGUGUUAACUGUUUAGUGGGGCGUGUGUCUCUUUGGGGGUUGGGAGGGAGGGUUGGGUGGUGAGGUGAGGUGAGGUGAGGUCUUAGCUUAAUGAUUAAUUGUGUUGGUCAGGUUUUGCUUUUUGCGGGCAUUACAGUUCAGUGAGCUUGACAUUGAGGUUGCUAUUGGGUAUAGGCAUUUCGCUUUGUUUUUUGGGUACAUAACCUCCAACAGGUCAUAGAUGUUUUGUGGUGGGAAAAAUGUUUCCAUUUUGUUGUUAUGGCAGGCAGUCCUUUAGUUUCAUCUGCUCAUAUUUGGUGAGUGAAUGAUAUCAAAGGAGAGGAGCCAUUCAUUGUUGACAGCGACUGGGUUUUGCAUUUGGUGGUAUUGGGUGAAAUGUAAUCGUGUUCACCAUUAUACCGAAUUACCAAUACAGAAAAUAUCGAGUACUGAUUUGCUCAUGACUAGUAUUGACUA